GAAUAUGACGAUGCUUAUCAGGUGCAUGUCGGUCACUUGGCUAAGGACACUUCAGAGAGUGCCUCAGAGCCGGAGGAUUCUCGGUCCGCUUUGCUGCAUAAGCCUACUGUGUUAGUUCCCAAGGUACGAGUAAUUCCAACCGCUUUUUUGAAGACAUCUGACACUGUGGUUCCGGAUUUGUAUCUUCCGCUCAUCCAUAAGGAGUUCGAUCUUAUUCAGCCUCGAAUAAGCAAAAUAGGGAUGAUACACAUAGCAAAUAAAUAUGGUUUAGUUAGCAUGACAAAAGGCCUUCGUGUUAUUUGA